UGCGGAAACGAUGGUUGAUGAAGAGGGACCAUAGAGAGAGACUGGUAUCACCGAGGAACGUUCCGCGGGUACGAUUGCGUUUUUACGGGUAUCAACACGACGGGGAGGCGGUGGAUAACAGAGGGGGGCCAGGGGGUGAGCAGAGUACAAUGAACGACGCCAAAAAAGAGGACAAAAUGACCGCGGACGGCGUCGGUGGACCGGGAGAGCUACUGACGGCCCCCUCUGUGAGCCACAACCAGCAUGAUAAUGGCACCUGUGACGAGCUGGUGAGCUCAGUAACACUGUGCAGGCGAAGGCCGCGGCUUUUACACGGCACCGUCCUCCCGUUCCUGACGGUCCUCUAUCCGGGAUGGCUGUACGUGUGGCUGGGGGUGUACGGUGCUUCGGAGUAUCCGGAGGCAGGCCUCCUUGCUCUGGCUGCCAUCGGAAUCGCGCACGUCCUCACGGCACUGUCCGGUUAUUGGUCCGUGCACGCCCACUGUUGGCUCACUUGUUCAAAGGAAUUGGACCCAAAUAAGGCGACACUAGCAAAGGUUGUACCCACCCCCAAUAACGGUUCUGCUGAGCUCGUGGUACUACAAAGGGACCAGGAUGAAAAUGGAGACAAGACACUGUCAUUUGAGUUUCAGAAAAUCCGCUACACUUUUGACCACAAAGAAAAAAAGUGCUUCUUUCCCAUCGCGUUCCCCAUCAACCACCCGAUGGGCUACUUCCAGUUGUGGCGUGGCUACCAGGAGGAAGCUGAUCUCAAAUCGGCUGAGAAGCGCUAUGGCACCAAUCGCGCCGAAAUGAUGGUUCCUGAUUUCUUGGAACUAUUUCGGGAGCGGGCUACGGCCCCAUUUUUUGUCUUCCAGGUGUUCUGUGUGGGGUUGUGGUGUCUGGACGAGUACUGGUACUACAGCGUGUUCACGCUUUUCAUGCUGGUGGCAUUCGAGGCCUCGCUAGUCCAGCAGCAAAUGAGGAACAUGUCCGAGAUCCGGCGCAUGGGGAACAAGCCGUACAUGAUCCAGGUUUAUAGGAACCGUAAAUGGAGGCCCAUCUCGAGUGACGAGCUCGUCCCAGGUGACCUUGUCUCCAUCGGACGUUCCCCACAGGACAACCUGGUACCGUGCGAUGUGCUGCUACUCCGCGGUCGUUGCAUCGUGGAUGAGGCUAUGCUGACUGGAGAGUCUGUACCUCAAAUGAAGGAGCCAGUAGAAGACUUGGACCCCGGUCAAAUCCUUGACCUUCAAGCGGACUCUCGGCUCCACGUCAUCUCCGGCGGGACCAAAGUGGUUCAGCACAGCCCUCCUUUAAAGGCCAGUGCUGGACUCAAACCCGUAGACAACGGUUGCGUGGCCUACGUACUGCGGACCGGAUUCUACACCUCUCAGGGUAAACUUCUGCGCACCAUCCUCUUUGGUGUGAAGAGGGUCACGGCAAACAACCUAGAGACCUUCAUCUUCAUCCUCUUCCUCCUGGUGUUCGCCAUUGCAGCCGCUGCCUACGUGUGGGUGGAAGGGACCAAGGACCUCAGCAGGAACCGUUACAAGCUCUUCCUGGAGUGCACCUUAAUCCUCACCUCGGUGGUUCCACCGGAACUUCCCAUCGAGCUUUCUCUGGCUGUGAACACAUCGCUUAUUGCCUUAGCCAAACUAUAUGUUUUCUGUACCGAGCCCUUCAGGAUUCCGUUCGCGGGAAAAGUGGAGGUCUGCUGCUUUGACAAAACGGGAACACUGACUAGCGAUAGUCUGGUGGUGCGAGGAGUUGCAGGUCUCAGGGAGGGGAAAGAGGUGAUGCCCGUAUCGGAGAUCCCAGUGGAGACGCAUCGGGUCGUGGCGACCUGCCACUCGCUGGUCACUCUCGAUGACGGUCAACUGGUUGGAGAUCCACUGGAGAAGGCCAUGUUGACUGCAGCUGAUUGGAGCCUCACUAAAGACGAAAAGGUUUUCCCACGUAGCAUCAAGACGCAAGGCCUCAAGAUCCAUCAACGCUUCCACUUUGCCAGCGCUCUCAAGAGGAUGUCAGUUCUGGCCUCCUACGAGAAGCUGGGGUCCACUGAACUCUCCUACAUCUCUACUGUUAAAGGCGCUCCAGAGACACUCAAAGCGAUGUUUUCCGAGCGUCCUGAGAGUUACGAUAAGGUGCACAAGGAGAUCUCCCGGGAAGGAGCGAGAGUGCUUGCGUUAGGUUACAAAGAGAUGGGACAUCUCAGUCAUCAACAGGUCCGGGAGAUGAGCCGCAAUUCCUUAGAGUGUGACUUGAACUUUGUCGGCUUCAUGGUGGUGACCUGCCCCCUAAAGAGCGACAGCAAAGCGGUCAUCAGAGAGAUCCAGGAAGCAUCUCAUCAUGUGGUGAUGAUCACAGGGGACAACCCUUUAACGGCGUGCCAUGUGGCCAAAGAGCUCCACUUCCUCCAAAAGGAACAAACACUUAUCUUGCAGUCGGCCCACGGCGGGUGGCAGUGGGAGUCCAUCGACGGCACGUUGCACGUACCCCUUCCGCCUCCCUCCGUCUCUUCCUUUGUGCACCAGUACGACCUGUGCGUAACCGGGGAGGGGCUGGCCAGACUGUGCUGUGACCCCCGACUCCUGCACGCCCUCUUGCCUCACGUACAAGUGUUUGCACGAGUCAGCCCGAAACAGAAGGAAUUUGUCGUCACCAGUCUCAAGGGGCUGGGUUACGUAACGCUGAUGUGCGGCGACGGUACAAACGAUGUCGGCGCUCUCAAACAUGCCCACAUAGGUGUAGCUUUAUUAGCCAACGCCCCUGAGCGCAUGCCGGAAAAAAGGAAACGAGGGAAAGAGAAGGAGGCGCCCGCCGUUGACAUUCGACCUUCGCUACCUGUCAACGCAGGAGGCAAGCCGACGUCCAGAGGUGCCAGGCAGAGGAUGAUGGCGCAAAGAGAGGAACAACUGGCAGCACAAAAGGAGAGGAUAAGUCAAGUCUUACGGGAACUUGAAGAAGAUCAGGUCCAAAUCGUCAAACUGGGAGACGCCUCCAUCGCCGCCCCUUUCACCUCCAAACUGUCCUCCAUUCAGUGCAUCUGUCACGUCAUCAAACAAGGCCGUUGCACUCUGGUAACAACGCUACAGAUGUUUAAGAUCCUCGCUCUCAAUGCCUUGGUGCUCGCCUACAGCCAGUCUGUGCUCUACCUGGAGGGCGUCAAGUUUAGCGAUUUCCAGGCGACCCUGCAGGGUCUGCUGUUGGCUGGAUGCUUCCUCUUCAUCUCUCGCUCAAAGCCGCUGAAAACGUUGUCCCGGGAGCGGCCCUUACCCACCAUCUUCAAUCUUUAUACUGUGUUGACGGUGCUGCUGCAAUUUGCUGUCCACUUCUGCAGUCUGGUCUUCCUUUACAAAGAGGCGCAGAGCAGAAGUCCGCCGAGAGAAGAUCAGUUUGCGGAUCUGUACAAAGAGUUUGAACCCAGUCUAAUCAACAGCACCGUCUAUAUCAUGUCCAUGGCGAUGCAGAUGGCCACAUUUGCCAUCAACUACAAGGGUCACCCCUUCAUGGAGUCUCUCACCGAGAAUAGACCACUUCUUUGGAGCAUCGCUUUGUCUGGCUUAGCAAUUGUGGGACUUCUUUCGGGUUCUUCGCCCGAGUUCAAUGAACAGUUUGCCCUCGUUGAUAUUCCGACUGAGUUCAAAAUGAUCAUCGCCCAGGUGCUGGUGGUGGACUUUUUUGCCGCUCUAUUUGUGGACCGUGUGCUGCAGUUCUUGCUUGGCAGAGGAACUCUGAGGGUGCCUUCUUGAACUCUUCUUGCCAUCAGCACCCGUGGUCCUUAUGUACUCUAAAGGGAGAGAAGAUUUUGGGAAGGAAGAAAGAGAAGUGAGAUGGUGUUGGGGGUUCAGUGCUGUACACUCCACUCCUUCAGUGCGCUCCUCCGAACCCCGCCCCCUUUAUCGUAUUUCCAUCAGCUACGCAUUCUUCUUUUUCCUCUUUUACUGCCAAACUGCAUCUAUUCCUCCCCACAACCACACAAGGCCACGAAGAGCAGUAUUGAGAGGAGUGCGAGACUGUGCCAGCAGAGUGACACUCGAGACACACAAGAGGGGCAUUCUCCAAGAGAAUUAACGAGCCGUUUUGAUUACUCUUCUUGAUUUUGUAAAAAGUGAAAAGACAUCUCUAACAGACUUAUAAAAAGACUUACAAA